AUGGCAAAGCAGCCAGAUGCGCCGUGGGAAAUCAACCCCAAGGAUAUCGAAAAGACGAUUGCUCAGGAUAAAUAUGAUGACUGUCUGGCAUGCAGGGCUACUGGCAGUUUGGCACUUGCCGGACUUGGGGGCUGGAGCUAUUACACCGGAAUGAAGAACCUACGUGAGCAAGAACAGAAGAUUCUAGCAAGCGGCUCGAAGUACAGGAUGGGGUCCAGAAGGCUAGGAGUUGUCAUGAUAUCAACCUCUCUUGUGGGAUUGGGAAUAUGGAGAGCUUUUAAUUGA